AUGCUGCUGAACGCCAACAUUGCCCUGUCUUCUUCAAAGGCCUUACUAGUCCCAUACUCCUCAUGGCACGUCCCACAAUACCACGAAUGGAUGAAAGACCCAGAAAUCCAAGAAGCAACUGCCUCAGAACCUCUAACUCUGGAAGAAGAAUACGCCAUGCAAUCUAGUUGGAGGCAAGAUGCAGACAAAUUAACCUUCAUCGUCUGCCGGCCCCUUUCAACUGCCAGUACCGAAGAGGAAACUAGCCAACACCAACUUCAAGCGGAAAGCGAUGGUCCACCGAAUAUGGUGGGAGAUAUUAAUCUCUUCCUUCGUGUUGAUAAUGGCGAGGAAGGUGACUCCCCGCCGAUAAUUGUUGGUGAAAUUGAACUCAUGAUCGCCGAGAAAAACAGCCAGCGUCGUGGAUUUGGACGAGCGGCUCUGCUUAUGUUCAUGCGGUAUAUCGUUCAGUAUCAGGGCGCUAUUUUGGAGGAAUUCGUUUCUGGUGGUGGAGUUGACGUUGAAACUGUCCGGACAUUGAGAACUGGGGUUGAAGUUGAGGCGAAUGAGACUGAGACUGCGACGACUUCGACAUUGGAGUUUAAAUGUCUGAGCGUUAAGAUUGGGAAGGAGAAUUUGCGGAGCUUGGCUUUGUUUGAAGGGCUGGAAUUUGAAAAGGUUGAUUCUGAGCCUAAUUUCUUUGGGGAGUUUGAAUUGAGACGGAAGGAUUUGAGUCUAGGGGGUGUUGAUGGGGCCCUUGGGAAGGCAGGGGCUAGGGGAUUUGUUGCUUUGCCUUACGAGAGGACUGAAUAG